GCUGCCAUGGCAGCCUUGGGGUCCUGCCAGCUGCUGCACAAGGCCCUGGAAAGGAGCUGCAGUUAAGGCCACGCAGCAGCACCUCAGCUCUUGGGGGAGGUGUGAGCAAAGGUGAGUCCAGGUUUGGGGCACUGCAGCACUGCUGUGGGGGCUGUGCCUGGGCUGGGAGCAGCAGCGCCAGGUACAAAGCUCUCUCUGUGGUGCAGGUUGGCCAGCACUUGGAUCCAGGUGAUUAGAAGCCAUCUGUAGCACUUUGUGCUUGGGACAGCUGCUCAAAGGACCCUGUUCUGCAGAAGGAUGGCUGCAAAGAAAAAGGAGGUAGUGCUGCAGGUCAGUAGUAGCCAGGCCUUUAGCAGACCUUGUAAACUCUCAGUAAGUGCAAAGGAUGGAGUUCAGUCUUGGGGUAUCUCAGAUUCUGCUGGCAAAGCACCAGUGUGAGGUCCUUGUGGGGAAGAGGCGUCCCUGGAGGCAGGUGGGACAUGUGGGAGGAUCUGGCAGGUCACACGUGUCCCCAGUCAGGGCUGUGGGGUAUGUUUGGGGCUGUUGGGGCCUAGCACAGGUUUGGCUGCUGUCAGAGACCAAAAUACCUCUGUUUUGUGAGGUAAUAGCUCAGAGGACAUUUAGGAGUUUGUGUGGGGUUGGCACAUCUGGAUGGCACGAGUUACUGGACAUUUCUGACCAGGUCAUGUAUUCAGAAAGAUUGCUGUAAAGAUAGAAAAGCUAGAAGGUACAAGAAAGACUCAAAGGCUGAACAAUCUAUUUUCAUAGUGAUGUUUAAAGGAAUUUUUCCUGUUUACACUGCACAGGUGACCUAGUGAUGCUUUAUAACUACUGCAUGGGGAGAAAGGGGUUCUAAGAGCAGUUCACAACACAGAAACAUUGAAAACAAAAAAUGGGUUCUGCAGGUCUGCUUCAAAUUUUGAAAGCAGUUCAGUCUUCACAAGAGAAAUAAUGAAAGAUAUUAUGGGUUCUAUGACCUUGUUUCUUCACUGAUUAAACUGGGAAAUGUGAACAUGUGUAACAAGGAAAGACGGGCACUGUAUGAAGGUAGGAAUAGUUUCUGUUGCUGCUUGUCCAGCUGUGUUCCUGUGGGAUGGGGAACUUUACAUCAACUAGACUGUGCUCCAUUGACAGUGAAGGGAAAUCCGAGUCUACAUCUGCAAAACUGGGAUUUUUUACACCUGCAGAUGAAAGCUGAACUUAUGUAGGACAUGAGGGGGAUGUCCUGGAAGGGAUCUGCUUUUGUUAAAGAAAAGCCAAGUCCAAGCAGCCUCAGGACAUCCAAAUUAGCAAAGCACCUUGAAGAGUGCCAGCAGUAUUUGAGUCCAGCAUUUGAACUUAUGGCCAAAUUCAUUAUCACAAAAUACUGUCAUAAAUCAUUUGGACUCACUAGCAUUCUGUGGAGCACUCUGGGGGUGGUCCCAGCAUUAGGAUUAAAUAAUUAAAUGUUGUAGUUCUGCAGGUGUUCUCUGAGAAAAUGAAGCUUGGGGUCAUGUGCUGAACAGGCAAAUAAACAGAGGUGUCUGAACAGCUCCCUGUUCCCUGAGGGAGACAAGGCCCUGGAGAAACUGCCACGUGACCCCCAGUGACACAGCACUGAACACCUGAGAGAGGGCAUUUCAUUUGCACUGAAGUUUCCACUCUUGGAAUUCUUGGCUGUGAGAUUUUAGCAGCCCUUUCAUGCCCAUUUGUGUUAAUUAUUGUGAAAUAGCUGGCCUUGAUGCAAGUUACUGUCUUCCAUUGCAGUCUCAAUGUAGCUGGGGUUGAUGAUACCCACUGAGGAAGGAAUCAGGAAUCUUCAUUGUUCAGGAUGAAUAAAACCAGAUCUUGCAUUUCUCCAGAAGCCUUUUUUAUUUUAAUUUCCUGUGUUUUUCUCAGUACAUUCUGAAGGGCAAGUCCUGUAAAAUGGGGAAAAUGUUAAGGAUUAUAUCCUUUCUAAUAACAGUAUUGGGAUUGUGGGAUAAUAGAGUGGGUGGUGCUGUGUGUGGAAUGGUCUAGGGCAUCCCUGACAGGGUCAAUCCCUGAGCAAGCUGAUCUAAUGCUGAGUUUUGUGCAGGAGAUUAGAUGAAGGACUCCACAGGCCCCUCCCAGCCUAGAACUUUGUGUUCUCUGCUCACUGUGCUUUGGAAGUCUUUAGGUAACAGCAGGGAAUUCAGGUAAGGACUUGCUGGGUUCAGACCACCCUCUAAUGCCCACACAUCAAGGAAAUUGUGUAUUUGCUAGUUUAGUUUACUAUUUGAGAUGUUUCAGCCUUGAUAGAGUUUGUGUGCAGCAAGGUGAGAAACUGCUGCUGGAGAAUCAGGAGGUUCAUAAACCUGUGAGGACUGGGUCUGAAUGAGGUGUGGUUCAACUGGAACCCUGGGCAGGCAGAUGGAGAUCCUGACAGGGGGCUGUGAGUCUGGGAUCUCAGUUUGGGAGCCCCAGCCAACCCCCAGAACAACCCUCUGCAAACUGAGUUUGGGACCCCCAGGCAGCCACUGUUCCAGUAGUGCCACUAAACAGGGGAGGACUUAGCCUUGGCUGGAUGCUGCUGCCUUUUCCCUCUGCCUUUCCUUGGACCUUGUGAGACAUCCUGAUCAGCUGGGCAGAGGUGAGAGAACCACAGUCAGAGGAGUUUCCUGAGUGCUCAGGUAAUGCCUCUUCAGGCAGGUGUGUCACUCUGGAGUGGUUUGUCAAUAUGUUUGCAGCAACUGGGUAGUACCUGAUGAACUACUGUGGCUUUUACUGUGGUUUUCAAUUUUCCACACAGAUUAACAUUACUAGCCAGGAGCUUUGGGAAGAAGUGCUGUGUCUCAAAGGACUUAUUGUUGUUGAUGUGUUUCAAGCCUGGUGUGGCCCAUGCAAACCAGUAGUGAAUCUGUUCCAAAAAAUCAAGAAUGAAGUUGGCAGUAAUCUCCUACAUUUUGCUGUGGCUGAAGUUGAUUCCAUUGAUGCUCUGGAAAAAUACAGAGGACAAUGUGAGCCUGUCUUUCUCUUUUAUACAGGAGGAGAAUUAGUGGCUGUUGUAAGAGGAGCAGAUGCACCAUUGCUGCAGAAGACCAUCCUGAAACAGCUGGCAGGGGAAAGGAAGGGAUUCCACAGAGGAGAGCCUGUGGUGGUGCCAGACAGAGCCUUCUCCAGAGAGCAGGAGGAACAACAGGGAGGACUAACAGGCUGACGCACCCAUCGGGUCCGGGAUGACAACCGCGGCCGUGGAGCUGAUGCGAGCUUUUUCAAUAAAUACAAGAUUUUCCUGCGGCAGCACCACCGG